AUGUAUACAACUUCGUUCGCCUUCUUCGAGGCUCUGGUCGAGGCCGGAGUCAAGAACUGCUUCGUCAACCUCGGGUCCGACCACCCCAGCAUCCUCGAGGCCAUGAUCAAGGGCCAGACCGAACAGCCAGACACGUUCCCGCGGAUAUACACGUGCCCGAGCGAGAUGGUGGCGCUGUCCAUGGCCGACGGCUACGCCCGGGUGACCAACGAGCCGCAGUGCGUGAUUGUGCACGUCGACGUGGGCACGUCGGCCAUGGGCGCCGCCAUCCACAACGCCUCGACCGGCCGGGCCCCCGUGCUCAUCUUUGCGGGCCUGUCGCCUUUUACGAUCGAGGGCGAGAUGAGGGGCUCGCGAACCGAGUUCAUUCACUGGAUGCAGGAUAUCCCGGACCAGAAGCAGAUUGUGGCGCAGUACUGCAGAUACACCGGCGAGAUCAAGACGGGCAAGAACGUCAAGCAAAUGGUGCACCGGGCGAUCCAGUUUGCGACGAGCGAGCCCCGGGGCCCCGUGUACCUGAUGGGCGCGCGGGAGGUCAUGGAGGAGGAGAUCACGCCGUACAGCAUCAACCCGAAGCUGUGGCGGCCCGUGAGCCCCGCGGCGCUCCCCGCGGACGGCGUGGCCGAGAUUGCCGAGCUGCUGGCCGGGGCGGAGCGCCCGCUGGUGGUGACGGGCUACAGCGGGCGGGACCACCGGGUGCCCGGCGUGCUGGUGUCCCUGGCGCGGCUGGUGCCGGGGCUGCGGGUGCUCGACACGGGGGGCAGCGACAUGUGCUUCCCCGCCGACGAGCCCGGGUGGCUCAGCAUGCGCUACGGCGUCGACGACAGCGUCCGCGAGGCCGACGUCAUCCUCGUCGUCCACUGCGACGUGCCCUGGGUCAACACGCUGUGCAAGCCCCAGCCCACCUGCCGCAUCGUCCACCUCGACUGCGACCCCCUCAAGCAGCUCAUGCCUGUCUUCUACAUCGACGCAGAGCUGCGGUACCGCGUCGACGCAUACACGGCCCUGGCCCAGAUCGCAGACCACCUGCGGACCGCCGAGCCGUCCAUCCAGGCCCGUCUGGGCGCCGAGUCGUUCGCGCAGCGCCGGGCAGCCCUCGAGGCCGCCCACGCCGCCUUCAUCAGGGACCUCGACGCCAAGGCGGCGGUGGGUGCGGACGGCGGCGGCCGGCCCAGCUCGGCCUACGUGUGCGCGACCAUCCGCGAGAGCCUGCCCCGCGACACCAUCUACGCCAUCGAGGCCGUCACAAACUUUGCCAUUGCGCACGAGCAGCUCCGGACCACCCUGCCGGGCACCUUUAUCAACUGCGGCGGCGGCGGCCUGGGCUGGAGCGGAGGCGGCGCGCUGGGCAUCAAGCUCGCUGCCGACGCGGUGGAUGCGGCGUCGGCGGCGGCCGUCAACGGUGUCAACGGCGUGAAUGGUGUCAAUGGUGGGAACGGGGUUCAGGGGGCAAGCAAGCCCAAGAAGCCACGCUUUGUUGUGCAGAUUGUGGGCGACGGUAGUUAUCUCUUCAGCUUCCCGUCCAGCGUGUACUGGAUCUCGCAGCGCUACGGCAUUCCAAUCAUCACGAUUGUGCUCAACAACAAAGGCUGGAAUGCCCCCCGCCGGUCCAUGCUGCUCGUACACCCAGACGGCCCGGCCUCCAGAGCCACGAACCGGGAGCUCAACAUCUCGUUCGACCCAGCCCCCAACUACUCGGAGAUCGCGCGGGCCGCGAGCGACGGGCACAUCUACGCCGCGAGGGUCGACACGGCGGCAAAGUUCAAGGCCGCGCUGGCGGGCGCGGUCGAGUCGGUGGAGAGCGGGACCUCGGCGGUCAUUGACGUGGCGAUCCUGUAGGACGAUGAUGACUGACGACUGGUGACGAAGAAGAAGAAGAAGAAGAAGAA